ACCAGAGGAUUUUGACAUCCGCCCUCCAAAGCCCAGAUUCGCAACGUGCUAUCCAAGGCUCUCCAUUCCCGCACGCAGACCUCGCCAAUGAUGAUAGUGCUGAUGGAUUCCAGUCGUCCACCCUGGUCACGCAUAAGAGAAACAAGCGCAGGAAACAUAGCUUAUCACGAGAUGACACGAACAGUGGUGACCCUCACCGCACACCCGGCCCAGUCUCCGAUCAAUCGGAUGCCGCCAUUCUGCCGCUGAGCAGUCCCAUACACACGUACAGCGGAAGCCCAGAUCUGCACGUGCACACCCACCCACCCACACACACGCCUGCGCAUACGCGGACGCACGCGCAUACACACACGCCCACAGAAACACACAGGUACUCGCCAGCGAGAGAUAGCGAUGCAGAGAUAGAGCACAGCUCCCCUGUGCCGUCCCAUACGCAAUCGCAUGCCCACUCACACUCACACUCGCAUUCACAUUCGCAUUCGCAUAGACCUUUGUCGAAACCACACGCGCACACGUACGCGCAUACACGCGCACCGCCGCACGCAUAUGUGCGUGAGGAUGGACACGACCACGACCACGACCAUGACCACGAGCACACACACUCCAAUGCGAAUAGCGUAUCAAAUGGUCUCGGGAAGAGUGCCGGACGGAAAGCGGGAUCAUCUCCGAGUCCGCGAACGUUUGCGUACGAGACUGUACCAGAGACGGCGCAUGCAUCGCGGUAUCCGGCAUACACACAGCCGCCCGCACACUCGCGGCGACAGAGCCCACACGCACACCCAUACCCACACACGCACGACAAUCGCCGAACACACAGACACACACAUACUACACAUGCACACCACUUGCGAGCGCCUUAUACAUGCGCCCCUUCUCACAUGCCGUCGUAUUCGUACGGCCUCCCGUAUAUGCCAACCCGAACACACUCGCACCCGCGUACACACUCGGCACCUGCGCAUGAAGGACCUCAUGUACAAGGGGAAUACGUGUACCUGCCACACGCGGACGAUGUCUGCCGUUGUGAUUCGUUACCCCCAGAGCCCAGACAUACAGGACCACGAAUGCCCAAACUUCCACCGCCAGGCACCGCGACUGCUGUUUCUGACGAGGCCUUGGCCGAUAUGCUGAUGAGUUGGUAUCACGCGGGCUACAAUACAGGCAAAAUGCAG